CGGGCUUGUGCCGGGCUGCGAGGAGGGGCGCGCGGGGCCAUGGAGCUGUGAACGUCCUUUCUUCCCCCACUCCCAGCGCAGAGCCCCGCGGCCAGGUUCCUCCAUGGCCGGCACGUACAGCUCUACCCUGAAGACUCUGGAGGACUUGACCUUGGACUCCGGGUAUGGGGCCGGGGACUCCUGCCGCUCUCUUAGCCUGUCUUCGUCCAAGUCCAACUCGCAGGCGCUCACGUCGUCGGCGCAGCAGCACCGGGGGGCGGCCUGGUGGUGCUAUUCGGGCUCCAUGAACAGCCGCCACAACAGCUGGGACACCGUCAACACCGUGCUGCCCGAGGACCCCGAGGUGGCCGACCUCUUCUCGCGCUGCCCGCGGCUGCCGGAGCUGGAGGAGUUCCCCUGGACGGAGGCGGACGUGUUGCGGGUGCUGCGCAAAGGGGCCGGGGCGCGGCGGCUGCCCCACUUCUCUGCCGAGGCCGGGCGGCGCGUGGCGCUGCUGCUGCGCCGGGCGCUCAUCCGCGUGGCCCGCGAGGCGCAGCGCCUGAGCGUCCUCCACGCCAAAUGUACCCGCUUCGAGGUGCAGAGCGCCGUGCGCCUCGUCCACAGUUGGGCGCUGGCCGAGAGCUGCGCGCUGGCCGCCGUUAAGGCGCUGUCGUUCUACAGCAUGAGCGCGGGCGACGGGCUGCGCCAGGGCAAGUCCGCGCGCUGCGGCCUCACCUUCUCCGUGGGUCGCUUCUUCCGCUGGAUGGUGGACACUCGCAUCUCCGUUCGCAUCCACGAGUACGCAGCCAUCACGCUCACGGCGUGCAUGGAAAACCUGGUGCAGGAGAUUCGGGCUCGGGUGCUGGCGGCCAGCCAGAGCCCCGACGGCGGGAGUGGGGAGGUGUCAGCAGAGGCUCUCGAGAUGGUGAUCAAUAAUGACGCCGAGCUCUGGGGGGUCCUGCAGCCCUAUGAGCAUCUGAUCUGCGGCAAGAACGCUAACGGUGUCCUCUCCCUGCCUGCCUACUUCAGCCCUUACAAUGAUGGCUCCAUGGGCAAUGAUGAGCGAGCCGAUGCCUACGCCCAACUGGAGCUCCGGACGUUAGAGCAGUCCUUGCUGGCAACCUGCGUUGGGAGCAUCUCUGAACUGAGUGAUUUGGUCUCCCGGGCUAUGCAUCACAUGCAGUGCCACCAUCCUCUGUGCCCAGGCACCAGCCCAGCCCGCCAGGCCCGCCAGCCACAGCAGCCCAUCACCUGGUCUCCCGAUGCCCUCCACACGCUCUACUAUUUCCUGCGCUGCCCCCAGAUGGAGUCCAUGGAGAACCCCAACCUGGACCCACCAAGAAUGACCCUGAACAACGAACGGCCCUUCAUGCUCCUCCCUCCACUGAUGGAAUGGAUGCGUGUGGCCAUCACCUAUGCAGAACACCGUCGCAGCCUGACUGUGGACAGUGAUGACAUCCGGCAGACAGCCCGACUACUCCUACCUGGCCUGGACUGCGAGCCCCGGCAGUUAAAGCCUGAAUGUUGUUUCAGUUCCUUUCGGAGACUCGAUGCCAAAGCAGCCACUGAGAAGUUCAACCAGGACCUAGGUUUCCGGAUGCUCAAUUGUGGGAGGACAGAUCUCAUCAACCAGGCCAUUGAGGCACUGGGGCCCGAUGGGGUUAACACCAUGGAUGACCAGGGGAUGACCCCGCUGAUGUAUGCCUGUGCUGCUGGGGAUGAAGCAAUGGUCCAGAUGCUGAUAGAUGCUGGAGCAAACUUGGACAUCCCAGUCCCGAGCAGUUCUCCCCGAUUCCCGUCAGUGCACCCUGACAGCCGACAUUGGACCUCGCUGACGUUUGCCGUGCUGCAUGGACAUAUCUCUGUUGUUCAGCUGCUUCUCGAUGCUGGUGCCCACGUGGAGGGCUCUGCGGUGAACAGCGAGGAAGAAAGCUACGCAGAGACGCCCUUGCAGCUGGCCUCGGCAGCAGGGAACUAUGAGCUGGUCAGUUUACUGCUGAGCCGGGGAGCUGACCCUCUCCUGAGCACCCUAGAAGCCAAUGGAAUGGCGUCCUCACUCCAUGAGGAUAUGAACUGCUUCAGUCACUCAGCAGCCCAUGGGCACAGAAAUGUCCUGAGAAAGCUCCUGACCCAGCCACAGCAGUCAAAGGCCGACGUCCUCUCGCUGGAGGAGAUCUUGGCCGAGGGUGUAGAGGAGAGUGAUACCUCCAGUCAGGGCAGCAGCAGUGAGGGCCAGAUCCGGCUAUGUAGAACCAGGAUGAAGGCGCUGCAGGAAGCCAUGUACUACAGUGCUGAGCAUGGCUACGUGGACAUCACCAUGGAGCUGAGGACACUUGGUGUGCCCUGGAAGCUCCACGUCUGGAUCGAGUCUCUGAGGACAUCGUUCUCUCAGUCUCGAUACUCCGUGGUCCAGAGUCUGUUGAGGGAGUUUAGAACCAUCAAAGAGGAGGACUACAAUGAGGAACUGGUGACCGAGGGCCUGCAGCUCAUGUUUGACAUCCUCAAGACCAGCAAAAAUGACUCCAUCAUCCAGCAGCUGGCCAGCGUCUUCACACACUGCUACGGCAGCAGCCCCAUCCCCAGCAUCCCGGAGAUCAGGAAGACCCUGCCAGCCCGGCUAGAUCCUCAUUUUCUGAAUAACAAGGAGAUGUCAGAUGUGACCUUUCUGGUGGAAGGAAAGCUGUUUUACGCACACAAAGUCCUGCUGGUGACUGCUUCCAACAGGUUCAAGACCCUGAUGACCGACAAGUCUGAGCAAGAUGGCGGCAGCAGUAAGACCAUCGAAAUCAGCGACAUGAAGUAUAACAUUUUCCAGCUGAUGAUGCAGUAUCUCUACUACGGAGGAACAGAGUCCAUGGAAAUCCCCACCGCCGACAUCCUCGAGCUGCUGUCGGCCGCCAGCCUGUUCCAGCUGGAUGCCCUUCAGAGACACUGUGAGAUUCUGUGCUCACAGACCAUCGGUUUGGAGAGCUCUGUUAACAUCUACAAGUAUGCCAAGAUCCAUAAUGCUCCCGAGCUGGCCUUGUUCUGCGAGGGCUUCUUCCUGAAGCACAUGAAGGCCUUGCUGGAACAGGACUCCUUCCGGCAGCUUAUCUACGGCCGCAGCAGCAAAGUGCAAGGACUGGACCCUUUGCAAGACCUUCAGAACACACUGGCCGAACGUGUGCACUCAGUGUACAUCACCUCCCGAGUGUGAGGAGGCACAGCCAGCCCCAUGCCCGGCCGCCCUCGGGACAGCUCCUUCCCGGCAGAUCUCCAGUGUCCCCAGGCCACCCACUGCCCGCCAGCCUGGCCAACCUUCCCACAGGGGGAAGGGAGACAGCUUGGCUUCUACACACUCAUGCCAGGAGGCACCAAUGGCAACUGACCCGCCAUUUUGUUGUGGGGAAGGUCGGCUGGGGAUCUUUCCCUCGGGAUGGUGUCCUGAACACUAUGGGGUGACUAUGAGGGAAGGAGAGGGUUGUGGCAAAGACUAGCCAGGAGGGCACCAGCCCACAUUAUCCGAGGGAAUCCCAGUGCCCCAGAGAAGUCCUGUCUCUCCAUGGCAGGGAUGGUGCCGACGUCAUGUAUAUAUCUCUAGUUGUCUGUCCAUCUCAGCCUGCCCCUGGCUCAGGCUUGCCCCGUAGGUGGGACUUGUACACCACUCACUCAGCUGAAAGGGUUGAUGCUCAAAGAGGCUAAACCUAUGCUCUUCUGCCACUGAAGGUGGGGUUUUCAUUCCCGCCUCUCGCCAUGUUAGCACCAAAAAGCCAUGCGCUGCCACCCUUGUACUUAUGUUCAAACCCCCUCCCCCAUAGGCAGUUCCAGCUCUGAAGGGUGAUCACCAAAUGUGGACAAUUUAACCUGACUCUAGACCUGCCUUUAACCAUGCUCUGCCAUGGCCAGAGGAUUUUCCUGUAGACCACGCCCAAGUGCCCUCCGUCUCUCCUCCUCAGUUGGAUUCCAUGGAUGACAAGGGCUGUUAAGGGGAUGGGGGUACCUGACUGUGGCUUUCAGCAGAAUAACGUGUCAGGAUCGCAGCGAGUGCUAUGGAGGCAAGGCUGCCACAGUCCCCUGGCAUUUUCCUCUACACCCUGCCCUUGAGAGGGGACUGCCUACGCUCCAUAUGGGACUGAAUUCUCCAUACAUACAGAUGUUCACUCUCCAGCCUCCUUCUGGUCAGGGACUUUGGGUGGAUAGAUCAAAACAGACCCCUGCAAGUCAGGGCCAGUGACUAUCAGAAAUCUGCCUUCCCAAGAUGACAGAGGGAGACGUCUAGCUUUUAGUCUGAAGGGAAAGGAAAGUAAGUGGAGGAAGGUAGGAGAGAAGAUGACAAAGCAAGGAGGGCUUACACUUGCUUCUCUGGAUUUCAUAAUCUUCAGGGGCCCAGGGAACAUUGGCCAUGGUGAGAGAGGUCAGGUGUGGACCAAGGCUGAAGCAGAACAUUGAUUGACAGGCCAUCUUAGGCCAGGACCAUUGCUACUAGCUCAGUCUGGAGAGCUCAGGUUGGAAAGAGCCUGUCUUUUGUCUUAGGAAUGGGGAAGAGAAGGAAGAGGACCUUACGUUUUUCUUGGCGAUUCAUAAGAGAUACAAUUGGCAGGAAGGAAUACUACCACCACAUUGGCUAAUGAAUAAGAAAGGUGGGGUAUCUGCUGUAUUCCACCACCUAGUCCAGGAGUCCAGACCACACACUCCCUCAGCUCACUGGCCUCCUAGACACGUGAAAUUCUGAGAAAGCCAGGCCACUUGCACUGGUUGUACAUACCAGAACACACAAGAGAGGGUGCAUGGGCAACUCUUUCUGUGGGUGUCCAGCUUGUGCUUUCUUAGAGCUCUAAUAGAAUUUAUUUAUUCACCCAAAGCCACACGUGGGCUUUUCGGGAGGGAGUGUCCUUGGGGCAGCCUGGGAAAAAGCCCUGAAUGGCUUGAAAUACUGGAAAAUAAUUUUCAAAUAGCUGCUUCGGCAAGAUGUACAAAGGUAUAGGCAUUAUUUUAUUGCUGUAAUAUUGUAUGAUAUGUUAACUGUACAUUAAUUCAUGCUGUCAUUUAUUGUAAAUGUAUCAGGGUUUUAUUAACA